CCACUGCUGCAGCUGUCUAAAAUCGUACCUCCUAGGAGCCUUGGACAUGAAAUGAAAACAAGCUGAAGUGAAACCUGAGAUGCCAUCCAGACGACAUCUUGAGGAAUAAAAUCAUCCAAAAUUAAAACCGACGUGCCGGGAAACGGCCCUGACGUGAGGUGGAUUAUGCUCUACCACAGCUACACCUGUGUUUUUCUGUUGGCUUCGUUCUCCUGCGGAUGUUUCCCACAUGUGUCUGCCUACAAACAAGAGCCAGAGACUCCAGACUGGAGGAUGACUCUGAAAACUAUUCGUAACGGAAUACACAAGAUUGACACGUACCUGAACGCAGCACUGGACUUGUUUGGGGGCGAUGACGGGCUGUGUCAUUAUAGGUGCAGUGAUGGUUAUAAGCCGGUGCCUCGUCCUGGGUACAAGCAGCCACCACCCAACGGUUGUGGCUCCCCACUGUUUGGAUUCCAGUUUGACAUAGGCAUCCCUUCCAUGACCAAAUGCUGUAACCAACAUGAUCGCUGCUAUGACACCUGUGGCAGAGAGAAGCACGACUGCGAUGAGGAGUUCCAGGACUGUCUCGAGACCAUCUGCAGGAACGUGCAAAGAACUCUGGGAUUGGCCCAGAGUGUCCAAGCUUGUGAGUCGGCGGUGACUCUGCUGUUUGACGCUGUUAUGCACAUGGGAUGUAAGCCAUACCUGGACAGCCAGAGAGAGUCCUGUGUGUGUCAGUAUGAAGUGAAGCGGGAACUGUGACACUGCAACAGGAACAAGACUGUAAAACAGACUGGUUCAAAAGCACAACAGUGACAGAAGGACACUGGCAAUAAACUUUUCUUUCAGACUUGUAGAUUUUCUCAGGGAUAGAGUGUCGAUAGGUGUUGCACUUCUGUUAGACAAGUGAAUGUGAAAUUACCUUAGUUUUUAGAGUGGACAAUUAAUAUCUUUCCUGUGCAGUUGAUUAUUUAUAUUUUGUCAAUACUGUGUAAUGUGCUAACACCUUGUUUCCAUGGACUAGAAACAGGUUGUUAAUGGUUUCCACAGCUAAGCCUGUGUAUUUUAGUCAGUGUACAGCAGGUCAGCUGAACAUGUGCAUUUAGCGUUUUGUCUACAGGCAGCAGGAAUACAAAAAUUACAUUUUCAGUAAUAUAUUAGUGAUAAAUAAAUAUUUUCUUAGGUGUAUAUGAAGCAGUUUUUUUCUAAUAGGCAACUGCUUUUAAACUCAGCACAAGAAACUAACUCUUUAUUUACUUACUUUGUCUUUAUUUCUCGCUAUAAUUGGCAAGAAAUUAUUAUUGCAGGAAGAUUUCAAGAAAUUAUUUAUAAUAACAGACCGCAAAAUAAAACAUUAUUGCCCAGUCCCUUCUCCCAUGCACCUAAUAGGAACAUCUGAGUAAAGAAUGGCACUAAAGCAAUUUUCUUUCCUACAUAGACUUAUCACAUUGAGGGGAAUGCACUGGUGAGCUCAGUUUAUGUAAAUGUGACAACGCUGUGGAGAAAAACUCAACAAAAUUUUCAAGUUGUAAAAUGUUUAUGAUGGUUAAUUUAGGAAAAUAACCUAGAAAUCCCCAUUACUAUUGUUCCAGAUUUAUCAUUUCAUAUAUCACUGAACAAUAUUUUGGGAUUUUGAACUGUUAUUUUGAUUAAAACAAGUUGUGAGGUGCAUUUUUUCACACAAGAAGAGCUAGAGGUGGGCACAGCUAAAAGCAGCACAAGAGCAGAGUAGGACAUCUUAACAAGGCAGAGUUUGGGACACACCACACGCAAGAAAACACUGCACUUAAACAUUUGUCAGGAUUAUGUGAGCACUAUCAAAAAGAGGAAUCGGUGGAGUAUGUAUUUUUUUCACU